UCUUUCUUUGGAACAGCUCGUUGGUCUUCUCUAACCCAAAUCAGUCGCUUUUUUUUCUUCGUAUCAAUGGGAAUUUACAUCCAAGAGGAGUUAAUUACGGAUAUUCUUAGUUAAUUCUCUUCUUCGAUUCAAGUGUGUUUCGAAAAAUUGGAAGACAAUAAUUUCUGAACCACAAAAAAUUCCAGAAAAUGCUUAUUCAGGCCAUCUCCAACCUUGCCCCCAUCCCUCGUAAUGGGGGAAAUAUUUGGGGGAAUUUAGCUCCAACUCCCCCCAUUUUUGUCCCCAAAAUGCGAAUGGUUGGAGUAAGUUGUCCCCAAAAUGGGGAAAUUCCCAUUUUGGGGACAAAAAAUGGGGUAAAGGUUGGAGAUGCUCUCAACAAAGCUGCAAAAAUGAUGGUACAUAUUUGAUAUUCCUUCUUUGUCGCGGCGUCGAAUCUUUAAGGAUUUAAAGAUAUCAACUUGUAUGUCUGGGUUUUACAAUAUCCAUUCUUGUUGUGAUGGGUUGGUUUUACUUGGGAUUAAUUACCCUAGGGAUUAUAUAUUGUGGCUGUGGAAUCCGUCGACAAGAGAGUCAAUCGUACUUCCACAGGAGAACUUUAUUCAAGAUCAUUUGUAUGGAUUGGGAUAUGACUCAACUACUGAUGACUAUAAGGUUUUAAAGGUUCCCUUGGGAGAUGAUGAUGCGCCCAAUGAAAUUUUCGCUCUAAAAAGUGGUUAUUGGAGAGAACUUGAAUCUGGCUGUUGUUCUUUCUCCGAGGGUAUGAAUUGUUUGGCAUUUGUACAAGGAGCAUUUCAUUGGAUUAGUUCUUAUUCAACGUGGACUUGGGUGGACGGGAAUAUGCAUAUUUUGUUGGUGGUGAAAUCUUUUGAUAUUUCAAAUGAGGUGUACCUAGACUUACCGAUACCAAAGGUCUCAAGGUUUGGCAUGACCGGCCUAGGUGUAACGGAGUUGGGAGGAAUGCUUAAUAUACGUUGUGUUUAUAAUCGCUAUGGGACUACUUCUUUUGAUUUGUGGGUAAUGAAGGAGUAUGGUGUUGAAGCAUCUUGGACUGAAUUAUUUUGUAUUGGAGAUACCACGGUUCCUUCAAUCAUACCAAUCCUUCCGAAAUAUAUGUUUGCAGAUGGCGAACUGCUACUCAGCUGCAAAGAAGGAACCGUAUUUAGGACAUCCAAAGGACCGCAUGGAAUAAGCGCUCUAGUAUGGCCUUUAGUUGGUGAUGACAGUGAUGAAAAUACCUUUCUGCUGAUGGAUGGAUUGGCUUACACAGAAAGUUUGAUCUCUCCAGUAGUGAAUCACUAGAUUAUGUUCUUGCUUAGGACUAGUAUUUGCUUAUGUAUGAUUAACACACUUUUAGUAGACGAGCUUGUUGCAUAUUUGGAGUGUGUUUUCUUCUUAGUAGUAGACUAGCUUUUGUAAUUGGGCAAACACACCCUCUCUCUCUUUCAUCUAAGUUUUGCUUGCAUCUUCUUUUGAUGCGUUUUAAUGGAAGUCUUCUUACUUCAUUAAAAAAAAUGA